AUGACAAAAUGUUCAGUCGCAAGAGACGUCAUCCUAGCGCAAAGCCCUAUCCAAAGUCUUGGGCCCACCACCAGACUAAGCUUUGCUCUCCGGUACGGGACUGGCAUUACGCUUCAAGUAUCGAGCGGCGUCUCCGAGUCUGAUGGGGUCAUCACGGUGGGCAGUUGUUGUCCCUUCACUCCCUUCUGGUGUAUCUGCAUCCUGCAUCACCCACAUCAUACUAGCACAUGUGGAUACCAAGUCAGCCUCCUGGUAUCAUCCGAUUACACUAUUGAUACGCGCCGGGGUUGCACGUCUUCCCGCUUGAGGUGGAUAUUCGGGGCGCAUGAUCGCGUCGUCCACACUCAAAUUUGA